CUCCCUUCUCUUUUCUCCCUCUCCGAACCUUGGUGCCGCCGCGUUCGGACCUCGCUGCUGGAACCUCCCGGGCGCCUUCCAUCCUUCCCGCCUGCGACGCCCAGAGAGAGGCGGGGAAAAUAAGCUAUACUGCAUUAUUGCCUUGCCUCGUAACGGCAUCUUGAGCCAAAAAGAAAAUUAAAUUUUCUAGCCAUGAGGGAGAUUGUGCACAUCCAGGCCGGCCAGUGCGGCAACCAGAUCGGUGCCAAGUUCUGGGAGGUGAUCAGCGAUGAGCACGGCAUCGACCCCACCGGCACCUACCACGGCGACAGCGACCUGCAGCUCGACCGCAUCUCCGUGUACUACAAUGAAGCCACAGGUGGCAAAUACGUUCCUCGUGCUAUCUUGGUGGACUUAGAACCUGGGACCAUGGACUCUGUUCGCUCAGGUCCUUUUGGUCAGAUCUUCAGACCAGACAACUUUGUUUUUGGUCAGUCCGGGGCAGGCAACAACUGGGCCAAGGGCCACUACACAGAGGGGGCCGAGCUGGUCGACUCAGUGCUCGAUGUGGUGCGGAAGGAGGCCGAGAGCUGUGACUGCCUUCAGGGCUUCCAGCUGACCCACUCGCUCGGUGGGGGCACCGGCUCAGGCAUGGGCACACUGCUCAUCAGCAAGAUCCGAGAAGAGUAUCCCGACCGCAUCAUGAACACCUUCAGCGUGGUGCCCUCGCCCAAGGUGUCCGACACUGUCGUGGAGCCCUACAACGCUACGCUGUCUGUGCACCAGUUGGUGGAGAACACGGAUGAGACCUACUGCAUUGACAACGAGGCCCUCUACGACAUCUGCUUCCGCACCCUUAAGCUGACCACGCCCACCUAUGGCGACCUCAACCACCUGGUGUCUGCCACCAUGAGCGGGGUCACCACCUGCCUGCGCUUCCCCGGCCAGCUCAAUGCUGACCUACGCAAGCUGGCGGUCAACAUGGUACCCUUCCCGCGUCUCCACUUCUUCAUGCCCGGCUUCGCCCCUCUCACCAGUCGUGGAAGCCAGCAGUACCGAGCCCUUACUGUGCCUGAGCUCACUCAGCAGGUCUUCGACGCCAAGAACAUGAUGGCUGCCUGUGACCCCCGACACGGUCGCUACCUGACUGUGGCUGCAGUCUUCCGCGGCCGCAUGUCCAUGAAGGAGGUGGAUGAGCAGAUGCUGAACGUGCAGAACAAGAACAGCAGCUACUUCGUGGAAUGGAUCCCCAACAACGUGAAGACGGCUGUGUGCGACAUCCCGCCCCGGGGGCUUAAGAUGGCAGUCACCUUCAUCGGCAACAGCACAGCCAUCCAGGAGCUGUUCAAGCGCAUCUCAGAGCAGUUCACGGCCAUGUUCCGGCGCAAGGCCUUCCUGCACUGGUACACGGGCGAGGGCAUGGACGAGAUGGAGUUCACCGAAGCUGAGAGCAACAUGAAUGACCUCGUCUCCGAGUACCAGCAGUACCAGGAUGCCACCGCAGAAGAGGAAGAGGAUUUCGGGGAAGAGGCUGAAGAGGAAGCCUAAGGCGGAGCCCCCCAGGCGUCUCAGUCCCCUCUGCUGCCCUCCAGCUGCCCUGUCCUCUCCCUCAGAGUUUGUGUUGCUGCCUCUCAUUUUUCUCUCUUGGAAGGGGGGGUGUCUAGAACAGUGCCUGGCAUAAAGUAGGAGCUCAAUAAAUCUUCUGUUUGUUCAAUGUCUCCUCUCUUUCCACUCUAGGAAACGUAAAAAUCUGCCAUGUAUUUCCUUCUGGUGCCCACUCCUCCCAUAUCUGUCCAGUUCAUAUUUUCUUUCUGUUUUCCAAAAUAAUUCUCCCAAGAAUCUGGGUUAUCUGCCAUUCAGAACAAGCCAUGGGCAGGGAAUCCAGAUAAGUCCAAGUAGCAGCGAAGAAAGGUGGGAAGAAGCCCAUCACGUGCAGGUGUCUUGUGAUGCAGCUCAGCUUCAGGGAGUGUUAACAGUAUUAUCUCCGACCCUGGUCUCCCUCUAGGUUUGUCCUGAGCUCAACUCUUCUGUUUCAUUUCCUCCGGACUGAAGGACCAGCCUCGGUCCCUAAGCCCCCCCAGUAGCUCUCCCCACCCCUAUCCAUCCCCCUGACAUGGCUUGGGAAGGUUGGCCUGCCACCCAGAGGAGAUAGGGUGCCCUGUCUGCAGCGUCUCAUCUCUUCUGUUCUUUGCCCCAUCCCUUUGGUUUUGUCCCACACUUCAGAUUUCUAUUUUGUGUUGAAUUUGCUUUUUUUUUUUCAUAUUGAAAAGAUGACAUUGCCCCAGGAGCCAAAAAUAAACAGGAAUU